UGUCAGAUUGGAGAUGUCAGUAGCAUCCCAAAUGGGUCUACCUGAAGAAAUUCAGCAUCCAUAUGCAAAAUUUUCUGAAUGGAAAUUCAAGCUCUUUAAAGUGCGAUCAUCUGAAAAAACGCCCUCUGAUGACAGGCAGCACAUAAACAAAGAUCAGGCAGAAGGGAUUGCUUCUUCAAACAAAGAAAUCAUACUGCAUAAAGAUGAAGCAGUGUCAAGAGAAGAAAAGAUGGAGUUAAUGACCAAUAGGCAGGCACUUGAGAAAGAGGCCCAUGACAUGAAAACACGAGACAAUAGAGCUCAUCAGAACAAUCUGAAGCAACUUUGUCGCAUCUGUGGAGUUUCAUUUAAAACUGAUUGCUACAAGAGAACUCAUCCAGUGCAUGGGCCGGUGGAUGAUGAAACUCUGUGUCUUCUGAGAAAGAAAGAAAAAAAAGCAACCUCUUGGCCAGAUCUUAUUGCUAAGGUUUUCAAGAUUGAUGUGCGAGGGGAUGUUGAUACUAUCCAUCCCACUCGGUUUUGUCACAACUGUUGGAGUAUUAUCCAUAGAAAAUACAGUAAUACCCUAUGUGAAGUAUAUUUUCCUAGGAACAGCACGAUGGAGUGGCAACCUCACUCCCCAAACUGUGAUGUAUGCCAUACUACCAGUCGAGGGGUCAAGAGAAAAAGCCAGCCAUCAAGUGUACAACAAGGCAAACGUGUGAAGACCAUUGUGGAACGUGCUCGACUAAACAGAGGCAUAAAGAACCAGGCACAGAUAAACAACCAAAAUUUAAUGAAAGAGAUUGUCAAUUGCAAGAAUAUACAUCUCAGCACCAAGCUGCUUGCAGUUGAUUACCCAGUAGAUUUCAUUAAAUCAAUUUCUUGCCAGAUUUGUGAGCAUAUUUUGGCAGAUCCAGUGGAAACAACAUGCAGACACUUGUUUUGCAGAACUUGCAUCCUUAAAUGUAUCAAGGUUAUGGGCAGCUAUUGCCCCUCCUGCUGGUAUCCUUGCUUCCCUACUGAUCUGGUAACCCCAGUGAAAUCCUUCCUGAACAUCCUUGAUAGCCUGGGUAUAAGAUGCCCUGUAAAGGAAUGUGAUGAAGAGAUUUUGCAUGGAAAAUAUGGCCAACACCUCUCCAACCACAAGGAGAUGAAAGAUAGAGAGCUCUAUAGCUACAUAAAUAAAGGUGGCCGACCACGGCAGCAUCUCCUAUCUUUGACAAGGAGAGCUCAGAAACAUCGUCUGAGGGAACUGAAACGUCAAGUCAAGGCUUUUGCUGAGAAAGAAGAGGGUGGUGAUAUAAAGGCUGUAUGCAUGACUUUGUUCCUUCUAGCUUUAAGAGCAAAAAAUGAACACAGACAAGCAGAUGAAUUGGAGGCUAUAAUGCAAGGGAGGGGAUCUGGACUUCAUCCUGCUGUCUGUCUGGCAAUCCGAGUCAACACAUUUCUCAGCUGUAGCCAGUACCAUAAAAUGUAUAGAACUGUAAAAGCUGUCACUGGGAGGCAGAUCUUCCAGCCCUUGCAUGCUCUUCGCACUGCUGAGAAAGCCCUCCUACCAGGUUAUCACCCAUUUGAAUGGAAACCUCCCUUGAAAAAUGUAUCCACUAAUACAGAGGUAGGAAUUAUAGACGGUCUAUCAGGAUUGCCACUCUCAGUUGAUGACUACCCAGUAGACACAAUUGCAAAGAGAUUUCGAUAUGAUGCAGCCUUGGUUUGUGCCCUAAAGGACAUGGAGGAGGAGAUCUUGGAAGGCAUGAAAGCAAAAUAUCUGGACGACUAUUUGAAUGGUCCCUUCACUGUGGUAAUAAAAGAGUCCUGUGAUGGAAUGGGAGAUGUCAGUGAGAAGCAUGGAGGCGGGCCUGCUGUCCCAGAGAAGGCUGUUCGCUUUUCUUUCACAGUUAUGAACAUUGCUAUAGCACAUGGGAAUGAAAGCAAGAGGAUCUUUGAGGAAGUAAAGCCAAAUUCAGAGUUGUGUUGCAAGCCCUUGUGCCUUAUGCUGGCUGACGAAUCAGAUCAUGAAACUCUAACGGCAAUCCUGAGCCCCCUCAUAGCAGAAAGAGAGGCUAUGAAAAACAGUGAACUGCUGCUUGAAAUGGGAGGCAUCCUGAGAACAUUCAGAUUUGUCUUUAGGGGUACAGGAUAUGAUGAGAAACUUGUGCGGGAAGUGGAAGGGCUGGAGGCCUCAGGUUCCACUUACAUUUGUACCCUGUGUGAUGCAACCCGCUUGGAGGCAUCCCAGAAUUUGGUCUUCCACUCCAUAACCAGGAGCCAUGCUGAAAAUCUGGAGCGAUAUGAAAUAUGGAGGUCCAACCCAUAUCACGAAUCUGUUGAUGAGCUCCGUGACAGAGUGAAAGGUGUUUCAGCCAAACCUUUUAUUGAGACCGUUCCCUCCAUAGAUGCAUUGCACUGUGACAUUGGCAAUGCAACAGAAUUCUACAGGAUUUUCCAGAUGGAGAUUGGUGAACUUUACAAGAAUCCUGAUGUGUCUAAAGAGGAGAGGAAGAGGUGGCAGUUGACUCUUGACAAACACCUCAGGAAGAAGAUGAACUUGAAGCCUAUGAUGAAGAUGAGUGGAAAUUUUGCUAGAAAGCUCAUGUCCAAAGAGGCAGUAGAGGCAGUAUGUGAAUUAAUAAAGUGUGAGGAAAGGCAUGAAGCCCUAAAAGAACUAAUGGACCUCUACCUGAAGAUGAAGCCAGUGUGGCGAUCCUCAUGCCCUGCCAAGGAGUGCCCAGAACUGCUGUGCCAGUAUAGCUACAAUUCACAGCGUUUUGCUGAGCUCUUAUCUACAAAGUUCAAGUACAGAUAUGAAGGCAAGAUUACAAAUUAUUUCCACAAAACACUUGCUCAUGUUCCUGAAAUCAUUGAAAGAGAUGGAUCCAUAGGGGCCUGGGCAAGUGAAGGAAAUGAGUCUGGAAACAAACUGUUUAGGAGGUUCCGAAAAAUGAAUGCCAGGCAGUCCAAAUUCUAUGAGAUGGAGGAUGUCUUGAAGCAUCACUGGCUAUAUACCUCUAAGUACCUCCAGAAGUUCAUGAAUGCUCAUAAAACAUUAAAAAGCCAGAGCUUCACCAUUGAUUCAGAGGAUAGUUUAGGUGACUCCUUGCCAGUGGAGGUCUUGGGAAAAAAUGAUUCAGCAGUACUCUAAAUGUAAACCACCUUUGGUGUUGGGUUUGUAAAGAUGUCUUUCUGCAAGGAAGCAGAUUCUUUUUCAGAUCUGCAGAGGUACAGGGAGUCUGAAAUGAUCAUUUUUACGCUCCCUAUCAAAGGUGCUGAGAGGAGUUUAAUAAACGCCAUGCCUGUUGGGAGUUUCCAAGACACAAUGCACUGGUGCAUUUACUAGUUGUUAAAUGACAUGAAAGCAGAAACAAAUUGCAAAGAAGGGUCUCUGUUUUGUUUUGGUCUUGGAGUGUUGUUUCUAAGUGAUAAAAUCAAAGUAAACAAGGUUUUAUAGAGAGUAUUAUUUUGGAAGGAAUACGAUUCUGGAGAGUUAAGACAGUUGCUGAAAAAGGGAGCAUGGCUGUUUGUUCUGUUUUACUUUUUAGAACUAUUUUGCUAUUUACUUUUCAAGAGGGUUUGAUUAUUUUAUUGAUGGUUCUUGGGUUUUUAUAAGUAAGGAUUCAUCAGUAAGACACUUGGAUAAUUGAUUUGGCAUAAAGUUCAGUGAUUUUUGUAUAAAAUACUGACUAAAGAUGCAAACUUUGAUCUCACAUAUUCUAAAAAUAUUAUUUAACAUAUAUAUUGUAGUACUGCUUAGGAGCAGAUGGUGAUAUCACCAUGCUAAUUUACUAUAUAAAGAUAUAGGAAAGGUAGCUGAAGUUUUUAAAAUAUAUUUUUAUCAUAACCUCUUUACUCUAAAAUGCAAACUUCUUCUCCUAAGUCAGGAUUUACAGUGCCUUGUGGUUAUCUCAUUAUACAAAGCACAUUCAAGCUCUGCCGUGUAGCUUACUGCUUCAUGAGCAUUUUAGAUUUCUAUGGUUACUUCAGUAUAUAGUACAAUUUGUAUUAGUAUAGUUUUAUUGAAUGAAUUCUUGGCCUCACUGAAGUCACCAGUAAAUCAUCAUUAAUACCAGCAGGCCCACAGUUUCACCAAGCGACUUUAGUCACAGCAGUCCCAUUUGUCAGAAGAUGUUUAUUACUUUGAUAAGAUAGAUGACAGUAGGAUAUUUCACUGACUGCUGCUGAUGUACUCCAACUGUAUCUGACACGGAGCUUUUUCACACCUGGGAUAUAACACACUCACAGCCUCAUUUUACAAAUAUGUGAAAGUGGAAUUAUAUCUAUUUACCUCAAAGAUAGUUGCAGUCAUGACUAGUUAAAAAGUAAUGAACUGUCUUGAAAUUUCUGCAUAACAUAUUUUACACUAUUACUCAGUGUUUAGUUGGUAUUUAUCUCUCUGAAGUGAUAUUUAGUAUAUUCAUAUAAUAAAAUUAUAUGACUUUAAUUCAAUUACAUAUUCAUUACACAUACUCAAGUACCUCAGAUGCCCCAAAAUCAUCUGGCCUUUCAGAUUUGCAUCUGUAGCUAAGAUAUUACUCUGAUUGGAGUAAUAUUUCUGAAAAAAGAUUAAUGCGGAAACAAUCAAAGUGUGGAUCUAAAAGAAUCUACCUUUUUUUUUAUUUAUUUUGAUGUGGCAGAAGUUGGUUUCUGAGUGUAAGUGAACAACAAACUUAAAAGAAUUAAUGGUCUGAGGUUUGUUUCAUAGUGAAGUUUCUUUGAGGGUCAGGCAUUUACCAUUUAUGGACAAUGAAAAAUAGAGUUAAGUGUUAGUAAUUAAUACAAAUAUUAGUGUUAUUCUAAUUAUGCCUUUCUUUUGGUUUUUAUUAAUUAAAAUAAUAUUUUACAAGUAUUCUGUAAUUUAGGAUUUUGGUUUAACAUGGUUUCUUUAAACAUAGUAUAAAUGUCAAACCUGCAUUUCGAAACACAAUGUCAAAACUUGCAGUUGGAAAUAAUGCCUUUUUUCUUAGCAGUCAUAAGGACUACAACAUCUUUUGUAGGGUGUACCCUGUAUAUCUGUAUAUCUGUGCUUACUGACUGUUCAUUUCUAGAUUAAUUUUUUUUUAAAUUUCUUUGAAAACAAAUAUUUCUCAUAUAGCACAACAACUAGUUUUACGUAAGUAUCAUUCUUUACCAAUAAAUGUAGAUCACAAAUACAUCUGUUUCCCAUGGAGUAUAAAUAUGAAGAAGAAAGAAAAUCUUUUAGCAGUAAAUGCAGAUACAGUUUUCAUUUUUGGUCAACAUAUAUUUCAUUAUACAGAUAGUUGCACACUUUUCUUUUUUCUCUUUAUGUGUAUUUGGGACAACUGUAUUACCUUAUGUUUUAUCCUUGACUUUGCUUGAAUAAAUUAGGGGUUUGUUUAACAAUCUCAACUCAUUUCAUGGUGAUUUUCACUCCAUUUAAGUGGUGUAUAUAAUUUUUGUUGCCUUUUGCAUAAGAAUGAAUUUCACCCCCAUGUAAUCCAAACUUGUCCAUUACAAUGAAUAUGUAUUGUGGAAUGACAGACCAGACUUUGUUAAUUUUGCACAUGUAAUUUCAGUGACUCUGUUAACAUUUUCAAAUUCCAAACUCAAUUUAACAGGCUGCUGAUGUAACAGCAAGUGAUUUGUCUCACUAUCUUCAAAAGGGUUGAGUAAGUUUUAUCCUUACAUGUAUGAUUUCUUAAGACAAGCCUUAUAUCCUGGGGUAACUCAUCAGACUGAACAAAACCUGGAUGGGGAUAGAGAAAUGCAGUGGGACGUGAAAGUAUUCUUUUGUGAAAUAUUAUUAAGCCAUAAAGACACAUUUCACAUUCUACCAGCUCUGGGCAGGAUAGCUGACACAGAGAAGUACUACUAUUUUUUUUUCUUUUCUGUUUUUUUUAGAUUUGAGUCUAGUUUAAUCUUCUAUUUCCCCAUUGUUGACAUCUUCUGUAAAUCAGUUGAGAAUUUUGAGCUCAUUAGAACAAACAGUACUGAAAGGGUAGGUACCUUCAAGUACAAGCUUUUGUAAACAGAGCUAAAAUAACAAUGCUGCAUGCACUGAACCAUGCAUCGGAGGGCAAACAAAUCCUGACUGCAGACAGGUGCAUCAUUUGGUUAUGCAGCCUAUUGUUAAGCUUUCUGAUUUUGAAGAGGCUUUAGAAAUAUGGAGACACUUCUAUUCAUGGUAUUCUUUCAAACUUCCACAUUUUCUUUUUUACAUUAAUAAUUGGUACAAAUCCUUCAGUAAUUCAUGGUAAAUAAUUACCGUCUUGUUAUGAAAUUGUAUUGGCUGUAGUUUUUAUACAAUCACAUUAUGUUUCUUGUUUUGUUUUAUUCGAGGGCUUUGUAUUGUGAAUUGUCAUGUUAUGAAAUGAUGCGAACUAUGUGAGAAGCCAUGAUCUUUGUAUCAUAUUUUUUUUCUCACAGGAAUAAUUCUAUUGCCUUAAAGCAAAUCAACUUUGACUUUUAGUCAGGUAGUUCAGAAACAAACUCUAGAUAUUUACAGCAUCCUAAUUUCUGAUUACAUUGAGUUCUUUGUUUUGUCUCACUGAUGGUUCCAUAAUUUUACUUUUUCUUAAUGUAUUACAGUUUCCUAAUUAAUUUCCUAAUUCAG